AUUGUCCACGUCUUUCCCCUACGUUCAUUCUAGAUACCCUCAAUACACCAUGGGUGGAGGCGGCAAGAUCCCGUAUCCCAAGGAAGUCUGGUCUCCCGCGGGUGGCUGGUACGCUCAGCCCGCAAACUGGAGGGUCAACACGGCCAUCAUUGGCGCCGCUGUCCUUGGAGUCGUCGCUGUGACCUGGAGCAUCAGUGCCGACCGUGAGCACCGUGACAAGAUGCCCGAACCCGGCAGAUUCUUCCCCAGUCGCUACUGGAGCCGGGAAAUCAGAGAACACGAAAAGCAGCUGGCCGCCCAGAACCGGUCAUAGAGCGGCAACAGGAUGAAGAGGUAGUUGUGGGAAAAUGAGUACCUGUGGUGGUUUUCUAUGGCAUGCCAGGUUUUGUUUCAUAAUUUUGUGGGCUGUACGACAAUAGAAGGGCGUUCUUCCAUACGGUCAGUUGAUCUGAAAGUGCUUCUGAGGAGACUCUUCCAAUGUUCGAUACAAGCGCUGUGUGUACAGACGGACCCGUUCCGUGAACUCAGUCUCGUUCCAAAGCUCCUUUCCAUCACUGGAUGUAGACAUGCGCGGCACUCCGAUCUGCUCCACCACGAAGCUGGCCGCCACAGUAGCGAAAAUCAAGGCCGUCAAGACCUG